UUCGAUUACUGUAUUAAACCCACAAAGCUGUGAAUGAUGUACAUCUCAACUAAGUCUGUAUUUAUAACAGUAGCCAUGUGGCUGCUACUCAUGGUGGGCUACGGACGAGUCGAUGCGGCGGAAGAAUCAGCUGGAGGAGCACCAGUGAAUGACAAGUCGGGCGAGCUCGAUGGUGGUAUUCUCGUAUACAACGACUUAGCCCAUCGUGAUGUCCUCUGCCGUUAUAUACAGAUUCCAGCGGAGGCGAGGCGAAUUCGUGCGACUGCGGCUGUGAUCGGCCUCACUGGAAAUCCGAAUUUAUUUUCGGGCUUUGAUGAACAGAAGUUACGCGAUAGAAUUUACAAGGAAGCGGCACCGACGAACCAGGGAGGAUAUCAUAUGAUACACGACACAUACUUCGUUCCUAAGUCAUCGGAUGGGCGCUUUUAUCUUUGUGUGACGACCUUUGCUACACAGGGGACUGAUUUUGUGCUUACCGGAGUGGUCUCGAACGCUGCUGAGUUCGGUGUGGAACCAGUGAUGCCGUUGCUUAUGGAGUACCCUACCGUUCAGAGUGUCGAAGCAUUUGGUCGGCAUCGGGAAUAUAGGGUGGUUCUGCCCGAUACUCCUUCUACUGAGACGAGCGAUGGAGUGAUCCCUCCCAUCACUAUCACUGUCGCGCAGAUUGUGGGAGAGACGGACUUGAUGGUUCAUGCGUGCGGGAGUGAGCAGUCGUUGGCGGUAUCAGCCGUUGAUGGUCCCGACACGGUAACCAUCACAAAUGAUCAACUCUCGAGUGCCGGGCUGGGACCGGGUUCGGAGCUGUGUGUUGUGGUGAAGACGAAUAAACUGUUUGCCAGCGCGUCAACGUUCUGGUUGGUGGUCUCGCAGAAUCCGCAGGGACCUUUUGUUAUGCAGAGUCUUCCUAUGUAUGCUGUGAUACCGGGGAAGGGAUCACAACGGGUGAGGAGGUUCCGUACCUAUUUUAAUAAGGGUACUGAUCUCACAAUUACUGCCAACCCGGUAUCAGCCAAUGCAGUGAAGGAGGCGGCCAGCAGGCCUGGCGAACUACAGUCGGGAUCACUACCAAGCAUAGUAGCGGACACGACACCAACAGGGCAGACAUGGAAGGAUCACGGUGAUGGUCAUAUAGCCAUCGAUAAGUCCAGUCUGGAGGCUCAUAGUGGCCAAGGGGAAGUGGUGUAUGUAUCGGUUACUCCACCAACUGGAUGGCAUGAAAAUUCAGAGAUGCCCUUCGAGCUCACAGUCACUACCAGUAGCACCGUGAGAGACCUUCAGGACGGCAAGCCGACUACUGUAACCAUCAGCGACUCGCGGAAGUUCCGUGAUUUCCGAUACUGGGUGCCCAAGCAUGCUAGGAUUGUGCUCUCUAUAGUGGGAGAUUCGUCGAGAGAUGGUAGCGGUCUGGCGAUAUUCGCAGACACCACCAGAUAUAGUCACGACCCUAGAGGGUACACGUUCAACACUAUGGAGGGAUCGAAUGAGAUCUUUCUUACUAAUAUGAAGUACUAUGCACAGGCUCAUCCUGGCAAGGUGCAAUAUAUUAAUUGCGAUAUGGGAUAUAUAUACCUCACGGUGAAGAGCUGUGCUGUUGCUAACGGCAAAUGCGUGGAGGAUGCCUCUGUCCCGUCUACAUUCACUUUGACAGUGUCCAGCGAUUCAGGAUCGACACACGUACAGGAUGGUGUGCCAAUACACGAGAAGGUUCAUAUGGCGAAGAAGUUUGUAUAUACGAAUCCUAUGUUGGAUAAGAGUGGGAAGAAAAAGAAGGAAGAAGGGGAGAAUAAUGGAGAUGAUAACACUGAGACUGACUCAUCUGAGGCGUCUUCGAUACAUUUCAAUGAUCUGUUGGUGAAGGCGGCAGUGAAUGGUGGCAGGGGUUCGCUGAUGCUGAGCAAUGAUGAGAAUUUCGCGACAAGCACACAGGCGGUAUUUUGCGGCUAUGAUGACGCUGGUGAUACGAAGGCUGAUGGUGGGAAUAUUUGUACUUUUGUUAUCAAGAAGAAUGAUCCUAUUCGAAGCAGCAAAUACAUAUACGCCAAAAUGAUACCGGACCUGACGGAUAGCACGGGCACUGCGUUGUUGGACUUUGACUUUUUGAUGGCGGAUAUGGGCGGCGAGAUUGUUAUGAAGAAUCAUCAACCGAUGAAUGAUGCUAUGCCGUCUUCUGGAGGGAGUAGAAAAUAUAAGAUAUUUAUACCGGCUUCUACAUCGAGUUCAUCGAGUGCGCCGUCGCCUGUGUCUGCUAUGUUUGAUGUGUCGAAGACGACGGGCACGGUGGAGUUCGAGAUUUGCGAUGCCGGCGAGAAGUGUAAAACUAUCAAGGGUGAUGGAUCGGCGCAGCUAGAGGAGAAUGCUAGCAAGGGAAAUGUUGCUGGCAAGUGGAUGCACGUUCGGGCGAAGUGCGAGGACAAAUGCUCAUAUCGGCUCACGGGGGCCUUUUUCCUGAAGUCCAAUUCGUUGCGACUGAAUUAUAGACCGAUGACAGUUCCGUUGGAUGGGGGCAGCUUCAAAGACUGGAUGGUGGGGUACAAGGAUACUGAUCACUGGCUACUGCAUACGGAGGUUAGAGGGCAGGAGGCUGAUGCUGUGAAGACUUGCAUAAAGGAUCAAUGCUGUACUGCGGGUACUUGUACAUUGUAUGGAUUCGGGAAGGAAAUUGCCAAGUUGGAGAAUAUGAAGAGUGAUGCGAUUAGCUACGUUCAGCUGUGGGCGACCAAGUUGAGCUCCCCAGUGAUGGAUGAAUGGCUUGACGUCAGCAAGAGAGGCAGUAACAUUUAUAGGCUCAAUACGAACUCCCUGGUAUCGUUUGAUGCUGAGAAGUCUAGCACGUUUAGCACGGGGGCGAAGGUGACUGUGGCGGAUUCACUUUUCGGAGACUAUCAAGUGUUGAGUGGAGAGAACUUGAUUGAUUGCUCUGGCAAUAAGAUGAAGUUUGUGAAGGUGGAGGGGGCGUCCCGGGUUCGAAUCCAUGCGCCGUUGAAUUUACAAGUCGGCGAGUGGGCGUAUAACCCACACUGGGUUAUGUUUUCCAAGAAGUUUGGUCAUUCCGAUAGUAGCAACCACAUGUUGGAGAUGGGCACCGAGAUGGAUUACCACGAUAUAGAAAGCAACCACGAGCACACCAAUACUGGAGGGUAUCGUCGUCACGAUGUUGGACAGCAGCUGACCAGCAGGCCUACUUCGACCUACGCUCCGCUACGUUAUGAUGAAUCUUUAAUAAUAGUGUUGCGGAACCUGGCGAUCGGCCCUGGCGAUGUGGUCACCUUUCGAGAUCCGUUUGAUCCUAAGAGGUGGGGUAUGGGAUGGGACGCUCCUAUUGAUUGUGUUGGUUUUAUAACAUUUGAAUGGCUGGUUAAGAACAACGAAAAAUUUAUAUUCCGAGUCACUGAGCGAUGCAGUACCGGGAAGCAUUUGGUGAAGCGUGUAGUAGCUGUGGAACCUCGACAUCGAUCGUCAGCAAGUAUACAUUCAAUUGACGACUACGAUGAACUGGGUGGUGCUGGCGGCAUUGAUACUACAACUCAUAGUGUAGCGUUUGAGGAUAUGGGAGGCAGAGUUUAUGUGCUGGGGGAUAAUCCUGAUAGGAGCGUUGACAGCAGGUAUUUCGGUCCGAUCCCUCAACCUCUCAUCGACGGUCUUGUCGUGGCGGUGAUCUGGCCUCCAUGGCGAGCGUCUUGGGUACCGAGGCCUCCAGAAGAUGAUGACCAUCUCGAUGACCGAUGA